CGGCGGUUGAGCUGCUGGCAGGAGCCCGGGCCCCGGACUGGGGGACCCGAGGCCGGAGCAGAAGGCUCAAAGAGGAAGUGGCAACUAACAAAAUGAGUGUGACAUCAUGGUUUCUGGUGAGCAGCAGUGGCACACGCCACCGCCUCCCAAGAGAAAUGAUAUUUGUUGGCCGGGAUGACUGUGAACUGAUGCUUCAGUCUCGAAGCGUGGACAAGCAGCAUGCAGUCAUCAACUAUAACCAGGACAAGGAUGAGCACUGGGUGAAAGAUCUUGGCAGCUUAAAUGGGACAUUUGUGAAUGAUGUGCGUAUCCCUGACCAGAAAUAUGUCACUCUGAAGCUCAACGAUGUCAUCCGCUUUGGCUAUGAUUCUAAUCUGUACGUACUAGAACACGUCCAACACAAGGUCCCCGAAGAAGCCCUGAAGCAUGAGAAGUACACCAGCCAACUGCAGAUGAAUUUUAAGGGCACAACUGUGAAGCGAGGGGACCCACCACCAGACCUUGGACCUUAUUCUGAAUCCCCACAGGCCAAACCAGAGAAGGGAGACCGGAAACCUGUCCCAGACACCUUGACCUACCGUACGCCACUCUAUGGACAGCCUUCAUGGUGGGGGGAGGAUGAUGGCAGCAACAAGUUGGACAGACCAGAUGACCAGCCCCAGGAGGACCAAUAUUCAGAGAGGACCAAGGAGAUUCCCCAGCAUGAGGAAGUCAAUGGGAACAUUCAAAGCUUCCGGGACGGCCAGGAACCAUCAGCAUUCUCCUUUCGGAGGGAACCAAGCUAUUUUGAGAUUCCCACCAAAGAGUUUCAGCCCGUCCCCAAGUCUGUGGAGGAGCAGGUUCAUGAAGUCCCCACGAAGGAUGUGGAAUCAGGAGGAAGUGGGGCACCACCAGUGGUGCAAAGCCAUGCUUCCUUCACCAUUGAGUUUGAUGAUUGUAGCCCCGGCAAGGUGAAGAUCAAGGACCAUGUCACCAAGUUCUCCCUGCGACCUCGGCGGCCUCUUGUGAAGGAACCAGCGCCCACUGAAAUGGUGUCUGCCCAGAGCAAGGUAGCGCAUUGGUUGGUACAGAAUGAUCCCAGCCUGAUACGAAGGCCAGGACCUGGGGAGGAUGGAUACAGCACCAAGAGUGACCUGCCUGUCCAUGUACGGACACUGAAGGGCCACCGGCAUGAGGAUGGUACCCAGAGUGAUACAGAAGAUCCAACAGCAGCAUCUUCUCUAAAGGCAGAAAAAGAGGCUAACCCAGUACCAGUGGCUGAGCCCCCCAUGGGGGAGCAGGUCCGGCUACAGCGGCAGAUCAAGCGGGAUCCCCAGGAAAUGCUACACAACCAGCAGGCCUUUGUCAUUGAAUUCUUUGAUGAGGACACACCCCGUAAAAAGCGUUCCCAGUCCUUUACCCAUGUGCCAGCUGAUCCUAAGGCAGAUAAGCGCAGAGCUCCAGGGCCCACUGGUGUCUGUGGGGGAAUGGCUGCUGUCUCAGGUCCUGCCUCGGGCCGAGCAUCUGGAAACACUUCAGGCCCCCAGAGGGCCAGCUCACUCAAACGAGAGAAGACAGAGGAUCGGAUGGUUUCAUCCUCAACAGCUGCCCGCCCAACUCACCGACUCUAUGGCAGUGUGGGGCGCAGGUCCCGAAUGGCUCAGGAUUUUGCUGCUGAGUACCUGAGGGAGACUACUACAGCAGGGAGGCCAGGUCCAGAAAAACAGCCACCAGGCUUGCCUGCACCCCUAACACCCCGUGUGGUCAUCUCGACUGUUCCCCCAGUUCCACCAUCCUCCCCAACUGCAAUGUCUACUGACUCUCAACUGACUAAGUCCCGGAAACAGGAGGAGGAUGAUAGUUUAAGUGAUGCUGGCACGUACACUAUUGAGACAGAAACACAGGACAAAGAAGUUGAGGAGGCACGGAAAAUGAUUGACCAGGUUUUUGGGGUAUUUGAUUCUCCCGAGUUUUCCAAGAUGACCUCAGCUACUUUCCGCCCAGUUAUCCGGGGAGAAAAGGAUGAAGCAGGCUCCUCCCCACCCACUGUGGCAGAGGCAGGGGUGGCUCAGCGCCUGGCUCUGUUGCAAGAAUAUGCCUCCAGGACUGCAAGCCUCUCUCCUCCAGGCGAGCCCCAGGUCCUGCCAGUGUCAGGUUCUCCAGGGAGUCAGAAAUGGGCAUCCCGUUGGGCCAGUCUGGCUGAUAGCUACCUGGAUCCAGGACCAGGAACUUUGCUCUCUGAGUCAGCUCCACCUGACUCUGAAACUGAUGUCACCAACCACAAAGUUGGGGAGUUGGACCCCACUCUGCCUUCUCGAACACGGAGACUUCUCCCCCAGCUACCCCCAAGUGACAAAGUAGAGAGUUCUGUACUACCUGGAUUAAUAGGGUCAGAAUCCUACCCAGAAGUCACCAAGAGAAAUGUAGCCAAGCCACCAGCCUCAGGAUCCUACGAGAACCCAAUAGACCACUUGUUCAUCCAAGAAGAUCUGGACCCAGAUAGUCUCAGCGAUGGGAGCCAGUCAGAUGAUGGUCUUGGGCCUGGGGAGACAAAGAAUGAAAGUACCCAGGGAUCAGAGUGGCCUCGGGGCCAGCCUUCACCAGGGACAGAGCUCCAGCCUACCAAACCCAAGACAACAGCGGAGCCAGCCCCUACGUCCUUCUAUAUUGGAGAUGAGAGCAAAGAGCCCAGCUUUCCCUCCAAACUCUCCCCAAGUCCCCCACCACCCCGAGCCCACAAGAAGCCUGUGUCUCAGGAGUCAUCCCCAUUGCGUCCAGUCAGCAGCUCCCCUUCCCUGAGGUCCAGAGAAAAAGAGGAGAAUGGUACCUAUAUCAGCAUGACAGGGAAGAUGACUAUUUCCCUACAUACCAACCAGCCCCCAGAGCAGGAUGGCUUAGUGGUGGCAAAGGAGGCCCUAUCCUUCGUCCGUCAAGAGAGCUUUACCAAAGAGCGGGCAAGUAGUGGCAUUGCCCCCAACAGGCUCCCCCACAUAUCCAGCCAUCCCCUCCUGAAGGACUUAGAGGCUGCCCGGGCCACCCGCAUGGACUACCACACUCAGGAUACACACUUAAUCCUGAAGGAGACAGAGACGGCUCUUGCAGCUUUGGAAGCCAAGAUCCUUGCCAAGUCCCCUGGAGAGGAUGCCAGGAACACCCCCACCCAGCCAGAGGAUUCCUUAUCGGGGGACUCUGACGUGGACACAUCCAGCACUGUCAGCCUUCUCAGUGGGAAGAACGGGUCCAGCCAGACCCCAAAGGGCAAGGCAGUGGUGGGCAACGGGACGCAGAAAGAGCGACCGUCUUCUGCUCCUUCGGUCCAGGAUUCUGUCAAUGGGGGUCUCGUGCCCAGUGCCCGGGAGCGGCUCUCAGAGAAGCAGCGUCGCCCCGGGCCAGCCCAGGAAGGGACUCGGCGCUUCCAGGUUAAACGUAACAACGGGACCCGUGGAUCUCUGGACUUUACAGAUGAUGAGCGCAGCUCUGGUCACCCCUACGUACCCAGUCCAGACACGGCCACCUCGGAACCUGACCAUCAGCCAACUAUGGCCAGGCCCACAGCCCGGAGGAAGCCCUCAGCGCCUCCUCCUUCUCCUUCGGCCGCCAAGGAAGAACACAGCCGCGUCUCUGCCAACGUGCAGAAGGUACAGCAGAUUCUCACGAGGUCUAAUAGCCUGUCCACCCCACGGCCCACUCGGGCCUCCAAGCUUAGACGGGCAAGGCUCGGGGAUACCUCAGACAACGAGGGCACCGAGAGUGAAAGGGCCACAACGUCAAACCCAGAGGCCACAACCAAGCAGGCCACAGAAGGCAAGAAGCUGUCCCGCCUGGACAUCCUUGCCAUGCCCCGAAAAAGGGCCGGUUCAUUUACAGUGCCCAGCGAUUUGGAGUCAGGCCCGGCCCGGACAGGCUUCUCCGGAAGGAGCGUUGAGUCUUACUACUCAAGCCGAAAACCGACCAUGUCAGAAGCUCGAGCAGCAGCCAGGAAAACAGCAGCAGCUGUGGCUGCCACAAAACAGCCUUUCAGCAGGGCUCGCUCAGGCAGUGUCCGAUAUUCUUCCUCUUCUAACUCCCGGCGGAGGCAGCAGGGUUCAGAUUGCACAUCCACCUCGGAGGAGGAAUACGGCUCCACCCACAGUUCUCCCAAACACAAACGCUCCCAUGCCUCAACAGCCACUCAGACCCUGCGGGCCACUGGUCAGAGCCGGCCCAGACCUUAUAGUGGGCGGGACACGGAUGAGGAUGACGAGGAUGAGGAGCCUGACCACUACAACUUCAUCGUGCAGACGGCAGAAAUUGCUGAGAUUGCCAGGUUAAGCCAGACUCUGGUGAAAGAUGUCGCCAUCCUGGCGAGAGAAAUCCAGGAUGUGGCUGGGGACGGAGAUUCCCAGAGCUCCUCAGGAACUGGCCAUGGCUCCUCACUCAGCUCCAUCCCCAACACCCCAGCCUCCACCAUCUCUGCCAGAGAGGAGCUGGUACAGCACAUCCCAGAAGCCAGCCUCAACUUCCAAAAGGUUCCACCUGGUGCUGUGGGUCUGAAGGACUUCGACCAGAACAUGAACGACAAUCGGGAUGACAAUUAUGCUUGGAGAACACGGCCCAGAAACCGAGAAGAGGUGAUCUUUGAUAACUUGAUGCUGAAUCCUGUUUCCCAGCUAUCGCACACAAUCCGGGAGAACACGGAAAACCUUGCAGAGAAAAUGAAGAUUCUCUUCCAGAACACAGAGAGGACCUGGGAGGACAUGGAGGCCAAGAUCAACUCAGAAAAUGAAGUGCCCAUCCUGAAGACAUCCAACAAGGAGAUCAGCUCUAUUUUGAAGGAACUAAGGAGAGUCCAGAAACAGCUAGAAGUUAUCAAUGCAAUCAUUGACCCCACUGGGAACUUGGACAUCAUGACCGGCAACAGACUGUCAUCAGGGUCAACACUGAGGCCAUCCAGUAAGAUCAGGACUGCUAUUAGCCCAGCCCCUGCUCCUGAAGAAGUGAAAAACCACACCCAGAACUCCACCUGCAACAGCUCAACCCAACUCCAGGACCCAACCUUCCUUCCUGAGGCAGAGAAGUUUGUGAUAUGA